AUGGCGGGCAGCGAUAGGUCGUGGAAAGUGGUAGAGUCUUCCUGCGAGGAGGUAAUGUCGCAGAAGGAGUCGGCGGAGUGCAUGAGAGAGAUUUGGGCUCUCAUGCCGCCCGCCGUAGGAGGCUUCGAACCGGAUAACCAGCGGGGACAAGACUUGUGGCGCGACUUCGCAUCACCGCAAAGCGACUCGGUGAGACGUGCCAGCCAAGACAUCCCAUCUAAAUCCUUAUCCUAUAUUCCUAAUUCCUGUGUUAACACAGUGUUCAACAAUCUAACGCUAUUUAUCUACGCGCUACAACAUUUACAUGUUUUAGACCGCAGUAAGCGGGCAGAAUUAAAUUUAAGAAUACAAGGUGCAUCUAACUUGUUGUCUGAAUUCAAUCAAGUUCAAAUGAAGUUGGAUGGACUCCUUCCAGACUCAGAGGAUGAUGAGCAGCUUGAAGAGAGGGAAUGCUUUGAAAACAAAUAUUAUGCUAUCAUAGCUCAAGCCGAGUGCAUCUUAGGCACUGAGUCCGUGCCAUCUACUAACCUAAGAUCCCUGAAGUUACUAGGCGAGCCCACAGAACAUUGGGACACACUUAUAAUUUACAUGGUUGUGUCAAAACUAGAUGACUCAACGGAGCGAGCGUGGGAAAAACAUAGGAGUGAGUUAGGAUUAGGUGAACAACAGAAGGACGGCAAAGUGCUAGUACAGGAAGGUCAUUACAUUGAUCCUGUUAUCGCGUUUUCCAGAUUCUCCCAGUUCAGUCGCAUUCAGCGCGCUAUGGCGUAUGUUAAGCGUUUCAUACACAAUGCGCAAUCACCGAGCAAUAAACUGUCCGGUGCGCUGAAUGUGGAUGAGCUGAGAGAAGCGGUAAAUACUCUUGCUCGGUUAUCGCAACAGGAAUCAUUUCCGGAAUAUAAUACUUUGCGCAAUAAUAAACCAUUAGCAAAACGGAGCCAGUUAAUGAAGUUAAGCGUAUUCAUUGAUGAAAAUGAUUUAAUUAGAGUGGGCGGUCGUUUAUACAAUGCUUCUGAAUUCAAUUAUAAUAAGAAACACCCCAUUCUUUUAUCAGCAAAGCAUCCUUUCACCUAUUUGUUAUUCCGAUAUGAACAUUUACGGCAACUACAUGCAGCUCCACAGUUGCUGCUAUUUACCAUUCGAGAGUCGUGGUGGCCUAUCGGUGGUAGGAACCUCGCAAAAAAGGUUGUGCACGAGUGUAUAAUUUGCACACGGUUAAGCGGUAAAACUCUAACGCCAAUAAUGGGCAAUCUCCCAGCCGAGCGUCUAGCUCCAAGUUUUCCAUUUGCAGUUAGUGGAGUUGACUAUUUUGGGCCAGUAUUCGUACUGAAUCGCAAAGGAAGAGGCGCUAAAUUAAUAAAGGCGUACGUUAGCCUGUUCGUUUGCUUUGCAACACGAGCUAUUCAUCUCGAGUUAGUCGGAGAUUUAUCGACUGAUGCGUAUCUGCUGGCGCUAAAGCGUUUCGUCUCGCGGCGUGGCAAGCCAGCCGAGAUCUUCUCUGAUAAUGGAAGGAAUUUUACAGGUCUAAUGACAGAAUUUUCAAAAUUUUUAGCUAAUUGCGCAGAUGAGAUUAAAGAAUUCGCUAUAAACAAUAACAUUAAGUUUAAGUUUAUCCCUCCAUAUUCCCCGCAUUUUGGAGGGCUGUGGGAAGCAGGGGUAAAGUCAUGCAAGCACCAUAUUAGACGGGUUGUAGGCAAUGCAAAUUUUACAUUUGAGGAGUUUAGCACGGUGUUGGCACAGGUAGAAGCCGUCCUUAACUCCCGUCCCCUAUCUCCUAUGUCGACUGAUCCGAACGAUUUCACCCCUCUCACACCCGCACACUUCUUGGUUGGCCGUCCGCUGACGUCGCCUGCCUGUGAAGACUACGAGCAAGUACCAGCGCAUCGACUCACGCGCUAUCAGCGAGUCGAGCAAGCCAGACAGCACUUCUGGAGCCGGUGGUCCAAAGAGUAUGUCUCCGAGCUCCAAGUGAGAACAAAAUGGAACAAGGCCGGUGACAGUUUAAAAGAAGACACACUUGUGCUCAUAAAGGAGGACAACAAUCCCCCUCUGAAGUGGAGUAUGGGCCGCAUCGUCGCCAUCUUUCCCGGAAAGGACGGAGUCUCUAGGGUAGCAUCCAUACGCAUGGCUAAUGGCAACGUGGUACGGCGAGCAUUCUCGAAGAUCUGCCCCUUACCAGUGACGUGUGAUCCGCAUCCAACUGCUCCAACCACUCCAACCGGUAGCAAGUGA